AUGUCUCCCUCCACUAUGAAGCAAUGGGUCGUUCAAGAUCAGGAGCACGACUUCGACGGUCUUGUUUACAAGGACGCCGCCGUUCCGAAAGUCGGCGAAAAUGAAGUCUUGGUGAAGCUCCAAGCUGCAUCGCUGAACUACCGUGACCUCACUAUCCCAAAGGGCAUCUAUCCAUUCCCUCUCAGCCUUCCUGUAGUGCCAGGCUCGGAUGGCGCCGGUGAAGUCAUCGAAGUGGGAUCCAAGGUCGUUGAAUUCAAGAAGGGUGAUCAAGUUGCAACUCUCUUCAAUCAGGGUCACCAAUAUGCCGAGAUUGACACAUACGCCGCGGGUACUGGCCUAGGUGGUGUGAUCGACGGUACCCUGCGCGAGUAUGGCGUAUUCAAUGAACAGGGUCUUGUGAAGUCGCCAACCAACCUCAAUGCCCGCGAGGCCAGCACUCUACCAUGCGCAGCGCUCACCAGCUGGAAUGCACUGUAUGGCCUGAAGCCUCUGAAGCCCGGCCAGAUCGUUCUUGUACAAGGAACCGGUGGUGUCAGCAUGUUUGGCUUGCAGUUCGCCAAAGCUGCUGGUGCAACAGUUAUCGCUACAACUUCUUCUGCGGCAAAGGCCGAGAAGCUUAAGAAGCUUGGUGCUGAUCACGUCAUCAACUAUAAGACUGAGCCCCACUGGGGUGAAGCUGCUCGCAAGCUGACUCCUGGCGGAGCUGGUGUGGACCACAUCAUCGAAGUUGGUGGUAGCGGAACUCUCAUGGAGAGCUUCAAGUGCAUCAAGUUCGAGGGUAUCAUUAGUGUUAUUGGGUUCCUUUCAGGCGUGGAUCCCAAGACACAGCCCACUGUUCUGGAGGCAUUGACUCACAUCUGCACCGUGCGUGGUGUUUAUGUUGGCAGCAAGGCUCUCAUGAAGGAUAUGAUCCGAGCCAUCGAGGCCAAUGACAUCCACCCUGUGGUGGAUGACAAGGUGUUUAGCCUUGACCAAACACGGGAAGCAUAUGAUUACAUGUUGGCCCAGAGCCACUUUGGAAAGUUGACCAUCAAGAUCAACUAA